GCUGCUCAGGCCAGCCGUCUUGAAGAUCUUUGGAAAGAACAUCCUAAAGCAACAGUGGAAGACCUAGAUCGCCCGGGUGUUGAUACUGAACCAGAGAGUGUGCUGUUAAGAUACGAAGAUGCGUUCCACUAUCGGCGUAUUUUUGCUCCGCUAGUCCGCGAAGAGGCUCGCCGAAGUGUUGGUCAUGUCCGUUGGGAUCAAGGAUUGAACAAAAAACACCUCGCAUUCUUUCAUUUGCCGAAGUUCAUGGAAGGAAGCAUGAAAUUGAUGAUCGGUGACGAGCUACGACUCAAGCAUAAUCAAACGAUCGAAAGGGAAUGGCAAUGUUUGGGACAGGUUUUCAAGAUCCCUGAUAAUCAUAGCGACGAGAUUGGAAUAGAAAUGCGUGCUGCUGCCUCGGAGAAAAUGCCCACUGAUCCGCGCAUCAAUUUCACUUGUGAGGCUGUGUGGAACUCGACGUCAUUCGAUCGGAUGUAUCAGGCGUUGAAUACACUAGAAAAAGAUCCUCACUGCGUUUCUCAGUACAUUUUCCAUAAGCUCAUGGGGCACGAUAUUGACGAGAUUCUUUUCAAAGUGCAACAACCUAAACGACUAUCGGCUCCUGGCCUUCCUGAGUUGAAUCACAGCCAAAUGCAUGCUGUAAAAACAGUUCUCAUGAGACCGCUGAGUCUUAUUCAAGGACCGCCUGGAACUGGAAAGACAGUAACAUCAGCCACUAUUGUCUAUCAUCUGGUACAGCAAACAGAAGGUCAAGUGUUGGUUUGUUCUCCAUCUAACAUUGCGGUGGAUCAACUUGCUGAGAAGAUUCACCGUACUGGGCUGAAGGUUGUUCGGCUUUAUGCGAAGUCUCGAGAAGCACUGGACACAAACGUUGAAUUUCUUGCAUUGCACGCUCAGUUGAAAGCGCUCAAGGAGUCUGCCGAAUUGCAGAAACUUCAACAGCUUGAAGGUUUUUGGAAUCUCUAA